AUGUUUCACUAUAAAAGGACGCAAUCUGCGAAAUCGAAAAACUGCGGAGAGAGAAAGAGCAAAAAAGAAAGGGCGUGUGGUGAAAAAUUUCUAGAGAGAGAGAGCGUAACAUCAUCUUCUCUCCUCAAUGGAAACCGUCGGCGAACAGGUUCUACCUUCAGCCACCACCACCGCUCCAACCGCCGGCGAUCCCACCGCCUCGCCUCCUCCGCUUAUUAAUGUCUCCGAUCCAGUUAUUGAUGACCUUCACGAUGUUGUUGCUGAGUCUGAAAUUCACGCUCUGAUUUCCGAUGAAGAGCAUGAUCUCGAUCAUGAACCUGACCUUGAUCACGAUUUUGAUCAUGAAAACGAGCAUGAGCAUCCUGAUGAAGGUCAGGAACAAGAUCAUGUUGCUGAAACCGUUACCGUUGUCUCUUUGGAUGAUCUCAAGCUCAAGAUAAUUAAGCAGGUGGAGUAUUAUUUCAGUGAUGAAAAUUUGCCCAAUGAUAAGUAUAUGCUGAGUCUCGUCAAAAGGAACAAGGAAGGGUUUGUUCCUAUACCAGUGAUUGCUUCUUUUAGAAAAAUGAAGAAGCUCACUCGAGACCAUUUACUUAUUGCUGCUGCACUGAAGGAAUCCUCACUGCUUGUUGUUAGUGGUGAUGGGAAAAGGGUUAAGCGGCUCAAUCCACUUCGUUUCAAUGAAGUUAAAGAUCAUAAGUUAUAUACUGUUUUGGUAGAGAAUUUGCCGGAGGACCAUUCAAGAGAGAACAUUCGGCAAAUAUUCCAAAAAGCUGGAAAUAUAAAAAAGAUAACCAUAAAUGACCCGAAUUCUACUGCAGCAUCUGCUAAACAUAUCAAGGUCGACAAGUUUUUUGGUAGUAAGUUGCAUGCUCUUGUCGAAUAUGAGACUACUGAGGCUGCUGAAACUGCUGUGGCAAUGUUAAAUAAUGAACAAGACUGGAGAAAUGGCAUGCGGGUUAAACUUCUCAGUCGGAUGGGGAAGUAUGUACACAACAAACAAGCUUGGAAGGGGUCUAAUUCUGAGAAGAAUAGCUCUAGCCAUGCAUCUGAGAAGAAUAGCUCUAGCCAUGUAUCUGAGAAGAAUAGCUCUGGCCAUGUAUCUGAGAAGAAUAGCUCUGGCCAUGUAUCUGAGAAGAAUAGCUCUAGCCAUGUAUCUGAGAAGAAUAGCUCUAGCCAUGUAUCUGAGAAGAAUAGCUCUAGCCAUGUAACUGAGAAGAGCUCUAGCCAUGCAUCUGAGAAAACUGGAGAUGAGGAGAAUCAUGGCUCACAUGAGCAUCAUGAAGGAACGCCCGAGGAAAAGGAUAGGGAGCAUUUGUCAAAGGAUAAAGGUGGGCAGAGGAACACUAAGCAAGGAAGAUCAAGAAAGCACAAAUAUCGUGCUACAAAUGGAAUGGGCCAUGGAGGUCCAUCAUCUUUUCAUGCUACCGAACCCUCAAAACCGCCUCCUGGACCAAAAAUGCCUGAUGGAACACGAGGUUUUGCAAUUGGACGAGGCCGACCUCCUGUCCCUGCAUCGAAUUAGCACGAUUGAGGCCAGACAAUGUACUAUAUUUGACUGUAUUUUCAAUUGUUUAAGUGAUGUACAAGUUUUAACUUGUGUCCCUAUGUGUGUUUGCUUGAGUCAAUGCUCAAAGGGUUUUUUAGACAGUUAAAUUUUGUGGCUCAAUCUGGUGACAGGUAGUGUUGGUGGAGCCUAAAACAUUGUAAGUUUAUUAGUCUGGGGAAUUUGGAACUACAUUGUAAGAUUAUUAGUCUGGGGAAUUUUGAACUUUUUUUCUUGUGGUAAUCCUCACCAUACGAGGAACCUUUGUAGCAAUAUUUCAUAAUGAGAAAUCUGUUGGAGGGGAUGAAA